CGGGAGAGCUCUACUACACCGAGAAGGAGAGUGAGUACGUCAGUACACCAGAGAACAGCCCGGAGGGACGCUUGACAAGGAAGAAGUGGCCAGUCCCUUGUUAUAUUAAGGCAAAACCUUGGAAAACGAGAGCUUGUUGUUUUUUUCCCUCGUUCAGUGUGUAUGUAGGUGAAUCCGGAGCAUGUCACUAUGACAACGUUUGGACUUUACAUAGUAGCCUUCUUCAUCACAGUAACAGUAGGUGCUCAAUAGAUACAAUAAUCGCAGCAGUCGCGUAGGACUGUCAGUUGUCAAGCCUAGAAGCCUAGUAGAAGACAGUCAUGGAACAGAGACCUGCUACAACGAUCAGCUAGCGUCUUAUGUACCUAUUCUACAAGAUCAGAGGAGAAACCGAAGACAGCGCACCUGGAGAAUGGAUUUCAGCACCAUUCGGAACCUCAUCACUCGAUACUGUACAGGAGAGGAGAGCUGGGUGGACAGCAGGACAGUUUAUAUUGGACAUAAAGAGCCUCCACCAGGAACAGAAGCGUACAUUCCACAGAGAUUUCCUGACAACAGAAUUGUCUCCUCAAAGUAUACUUUCUGGAAUUUUAUACCGAAGAAUCUCUUUGAGCAGUUCAGAAGAAUUGCCAAUUUCUAUUUUCUGAUCAUCUUUCUAGUGCAGCUGAUCAUCGACACACCUACCAGUCCUAUGACCAGCGGUCUGCCUCUUUUCUUUGUCAUCACUGUCACAGCCAUUAAACAGGGCUAUGAGGACUGGAUCAGGCACAAAGCAGACAACGCUAUAAACCAGUGUCCAGUCCAUGUCAUCCAGCAUGGCAAAGUCGUACGCAAACAGAGUCAAAAGCUACAGGUGGGUGAUAUUGUCCAGGUGAAGGAGAAUGAGACGUUUCCAUGUGACCUCAUACUGCUGUCCUCCAGUAGAGAAGAUGGAACUUGUUUCGUCACCACAGCCAGCUUAGAUGGAGAAUCCAGCCAUAAGACCUAUUAUGCAGUUCAGGACACAAAGGCAUUCAGCGCAGCAGAGGAGGUGGACACACUGCACGCUACGAUAGAAUGCGAACAACCCCAGCCAGACCUGUACAAAUUUGUUGGACGCAUCAAUAUUUAUUUGGAUCGAGACGAGCCCACCGCGAGACCCCUGGGUUCUGAGAACCUGCUGCUACGUGGAGCCACACUGAAAAACACUGAAUACAUACAUGCUGUGGCCAUCUACACGGGCAUGGAAACCAAGAUGGCCCUCAACUACCAGUCCAAGUCUCAGAAACGCUCCGCUGUUGAAAAGUCUAUGAAUGCCUACCUGGUCGUGUACCUCUGCAUCCUGAUCAGUAAAGCUUUGAUCAAUACUGUCCUGAAAUAUGUAUGGCAAGCCAACCCAAACCGAGAUGAGCCCUGGUACAACCAGAAAACUGAGACUGAGAGGCAACGGCAUGUGUUAAUCCGGGCAUUCACAGAUUUCCUCGCCUUCAUGGUUCUGUUCAACUACAUCAUUCCUGUGUCCAUGUAUGUGACUGUGGAGAUGCAGAAGUUCUUUGGCUCGUACUUCAUCCUGUGGGACGAUGACAUGUUUGAUGAGGAGCUCGGAGAGGGACCGCUCGUCAAUACCUCAGAUCUUAACGAAGAACUUGGACAGGUGGAAUACGUCUUCACAGACAAAACUGGCACUUUGACAGAAAAUAACAUGGAGUUGAGGGAAUGUUGUGUGGACGGGCAUGUUUACGUGCCACAUGCCAUCUGUAAUGGGCAGAUCUUACCUGGAGCUGCCGGAAUGGAUAUGAUCGACUCGUCUCCGGGUGUAGACGGAAAGGAGCGAGAGGAGCUGUUUUUCCGUGCGCUGUGCCUUUGUCACACAGUCCAGGUGAAGGAAGAGGAAACGGUAGAUGGCAUUAAGAGAGGAAUCCAUCAGGGCAAAUCCACCUCCUUUUACAUCUCCUCCUCUCCAGACGAGGUUGCGCUGGUGGAGGGCAUGCAAAGGUUGGGCUUCACCUAUCUUCGUCUGAAGGACAGUCACAUGGAGAUCCUCAACAGAGAGGAUGAGAUGGAGAGAUUUGAACUGUUGGAGGUGUUAAACUUUGAUUCAGUGAGGAGGAGAAUGAGUGUUAUCGUACGAUCGAGCUCAGGAGAGUACUAUUUGUUCUGUAAGGGGGCGGAUUCUUCUAUUUUCCCACGGGUGGUUUCUGGAAAGGUGGAGCAGGUCAAAGCGCGAGUAGAGCACAACGCUGUGGAGGGCUUACGGACUCUUUGCGUGGCUUAUAAGAAGCUGACUCAUGAGGAGUAUGAGGAAACAUGCCGUCUCCUCAACAGCGCUAAACUAGCUCUGCAGGAACGCGACAAGAAACUGGCUGAAGCUUAUGAUGUCAUCGAAAAGGAUUUCAUCCUGCUUGGAGCCACGGCUGUGGAAGAUAGGCUGCAGGAUAAAGCGGCUGACACCAUUGAAUCCCUGCACAAGGCUGGUAUGAAGGUUUGGGUUCUCACAGGGGACAAAAUGGAGACGGCAGCAGCCACAUGCUAUGCCAGCAAGUUGUUCCAUCGCAAUACACAGAUCCUGGAACUGACAACCAAGCGGACCGAGGAGCAGAGUCUUCACGACGUCCUGUUCGAUCUGAGCAGAACUGUACUGAGACAGCAUGGCAGCAUGACCAGGGACACUUUCUCAGGGCUCUCAGGUGAUUACCAAGACUAUGGUCUGAUAAUCGAUGGGGCGACGCUGUCAGCUGUGCUGAGGCCGACACAGGACGGAACCAGCAACGGAGGGAACUACAAGGACAUUUUCCUGGACAUCUGCAGGAACUGCAGCGCUGUGCUCUGCUGUCGCAUGGCACCCUUGCAAAAAGCACAGAUUGUUAAGCUGAUAAAAGCAUCGAAAGAACACCCCAUCACGCUGGCCAUCGGGGACGGAGCCAAUGAUGUCAGCAUGAUUCUAGAAGCUCACGUGGGCAUAGGGAUCAUGGGUAAAGAGGGGCGUCAAGCGGCCCGUAACAGCGACUAUGCAAUUACCAAGUUCAAACAUCUGAAGAAGAUGCUGCUGGUACACGGGCACUACUACUACAUCAGAAUUGCUGAGCUGGUCCAGUACUUCUUCUAUAAGAAUGUGUGCUUCAUCUUCCCUCAGUUUCUCUAUCAGUUCUUCUGUGGCUUCUCUCAGCAGCCACUGUAUGACACAGCAUAUCUGACCCUGUACAAUAUCAGCUUUACCUCGUUACCCAUCCUCCUCUACAGUCUGAUGGAGCAGCACAUCAACAUGGACAUCCUCAAACGGGACCCUACUCUCUACAGAGAUAUUGCCAAGAAUUCCCUCCUGAGGUGGCCCACCUUCAUCUACUGGACAUUUCUGGGACUUUUUGAUGCCGUGGUCUUCUUCUUUGGUGCUUUCUUCCUUUUCGACAACACAACGUUCACCAGCAAUGGACAGAUGUUUGGAAACUGGACCUUUGGGACACUUGUAUUCACUGUCCUGGUGUUCACAGUCACACUGAAGCUUGCCCUGGACACACAUUACUGGACGUGGAUCAACCACUUUGUCAUAUGGGGGUCACUGCUUUUCUAUGUCAUCUUCUCCCUCCUGUGGGGAGGCAUCAUUUGGCCUUUCCUGAACUAUCAGAGGAUGUACUAUGUGUUCAUGCAGAUGUUGUCCAGCGGUCCUGCAUGGCUCAGUAUAAUUCUGCUGAUUAUAGUCAGUCUGCUGCCUGAUGUGUUGAAGAAAGUGUUGUGUAGAGCUCUAUGCCCCACCACCACAGAGAGAAUACAGAAUGCCGAUAAGUUGUACAAGGGCCACCUGUCCGAGUUCACCCCCCUGUCCUCCCUCCAUGCUCCACCUACGCGGAAACACGACAGACAUGGCAACGAAAACCAGAACCACACCCACCGCAGGUCUGACUCCUCCCCUCCCAAAAAACUGAUGUGUACCUACUGGGGGGGGCAGGCCUGAUUACUGCACCUUCAGCUCUUUUCUCCGAAUAGGAGAAAACCCGAGAUUCUCUGGGGCAGCUUACGCCUACAGCGCACCGGGGCCCGAGACGUCCGUAUGACGGUCUCUCUAAAAGAAAUAGUCUACUUAUCUAAUCAAAUUCGGCCCUCGAUUAUUCCAGAGUCAAGAUUGGGACACUAUUUGGAGACCAAUCUUGGCUUGUUACCCUUUAUCUGAAACAAAAGCACUGAAAUGCGUUCUUGUGGUACACGCUAAUGGGCUAGCGAUGCUGUGUGUUAAUUUAGAAGCUGGAGGAAGGCCAAACGGAAUUGGCUGCGCCAUCUGCGAGUAUGGCGUACUGCGCUGAGCGGCCUUGGGACCUAUUUACCUUGUUUUCUUUGUGUGUACGUUUAAACGUGAGAGCGUGUUCCCUUUACACUGUGGGUUUACGUGUUUGCUUACCUACCCUUGUAAUCCUUCAUGUGAAAAAUUACUUGAAAACCACACUGGGCAGUAGUAGCACAAACCUUCCCAUCUCAAACGCAACUCCUACCACUAAAUAUUAUGUGGAUGACAGUUAAAAUGGCCUUGGAUGCUCUCAUAACUGACCGUCCUGUUUUUUUUUUCUUCUUCUUUGUUCUCUGUCGUCUCCCCUUCCUUCUUUUUUUUGUCCUGUGCUCCUUCUCUUUUCUUGUCCUACUUUUUUAUAGAACAAACUGGUGUUGCCUUUGCGCAAACCUGUUAUCGAGGAACACUCCAUAGGCUGCGAUUGUCUUUGUCCGAUUGCAUUGUAAGUGGCUACAUUUGGCCAUUUCUGUUGCUGCACUGUACUAGAGCGAACUACUGUAGGUGUGUUUGUGCACGCGUAUGCGUGUGAACGUAGGCCUUUGUUAGAACAACUACGAAAAUACAAAUUGUAACUGGACUGUCAUUAUGCUUCACCCUUUAACUUUCAAAAAAAGGUGGAAAUCCACUCAUGUUCCAAAGUUUGUAAAACCAUUGACUCGUGUCAUCGUGACAACCAGUUACUCUUUCCUAGCUGCUUGACGAUUUGCUUUAAGACUCUGUAGUUCCCUACAUAUCAGUCCUUUAGUUCUUUAGUGUAGAACCAGAUACAGGAUGCUAAAGGCUACGCUAGCCACCUUAGCUUGACUGUUCUGCCUUAAUGCUAACAUUUCCCAUCUUUUACACCGCAGUUUGGAACCAAAGGUUGUGAAAUACGGAGUAUAUAAAUGUGCGUUAGUUGCCUUAUGUUUAAAAAGAAAUGACGGGAAAGUGUUUGACGGCAUUAGAAGAAUCCCACCACACUGCCUUAAGUUGACAUUGCACCAGCUGAGGAUGGAGUGCGAUAAAAGUAGUAUUCAACAUCUUCCAGUGCCACCAACACAGCCCAGGGCUCCUAAAGAUGAACGAAUGAAAUGUAGAAGUUCUGUUGGUGUAAACAUCUUCACAAAAAGUACAAAUUAACUUCUUCGUCAUGAUUGUAACGUCCUAUUUGACUGUUCCCAAAGCUGUUUGUCUGUAUUAAUGUAAGUGUUGGAGCCCUGUGCUGGGUUGUUAUCAUUUCUUUGUUGCACAUUACUAAUUUACAAUCUAAUAUAAAUACGUCAGAUGUAAUUAGCCUGUGAUACUGUUCACAAACAACUCAUUAAACUAACAGCCCAAUCAAGGUCAGCAUCACAGAUGGCCUAUCUUGGGCACUGUGUUCACAGAAAUGGCUCCUUUCUAGUGUGCAAAACACUGAAAAUGAGCUUUUUAAUAUGAUUUCCAAGAAAUGUGCCUCACGCCUGAUGACUUACCUAUUUAAAAUUACAUUUUCAUUAACAUAUUGUGAAGUACAUUCAGUUCCAUUGCCAUCCUAUCAGUGAAUUAAUAUUCACAUUGAUUUGAAUUGAAUUUGAAUGAGUGUGAAUGCAAUUCAGUUUAAAUUCCAGGUAACAUGAUAACAAAUUAAACACACCUGAUCUGUUUAAUAUAACAUUCUCAUAAAAAACAUUGUGAAGUGCAUUCUAUUCCAUCUCUGCCCUAUCAAUGAAUUCAAAUUCAGUUGAUUUGAAUUAAAUUUAAAUUAAGUGUGAAUGCAAUUUAAAUUCCAGAUAACACUAUAAUGAAUUAAACAAACACCUGAUGACUGAUGUUUAAUAUAACAUUCUGAUAAAAAACAUUGAGAAGCAAGUUCAGUUCCAUUUCCGUGCUGUCAAUAAAUUCAAAUUCACAUUAAAUUUAAUUGAAUUUGAAAUGACUGUGAAAGAAAUUCGGUAUAAAUUCCAGGUAACACGAUAACAAAUUAACCGAACAGCUGAUAAGUUACCAGUUUAAUAUAACAUUCUCAUAAUUUUUUUUUUGUCAGUCCUUUCAGUGAAUUCAAAUUCACACUGAUUUGAAUUAAAUUUGAAUUGAGUGUGAAUGCAAUUCAGUUUCAAUUCCAAGUAACAUGAUAACGAAUUAAAUGCCUGAUGACUUACCUGUUUAAUAUAA